AUGAACUGGUUGCACAUGUUCAUCGUGGCGGCCGCGGGCAUGAUCGCCAUGAGCAGCAGUAGUGUCGGGUACAUACUGGAGGACACGCCGCUCCACUGUUCGGUGCGCCGGAGCAUAUCGCCGUGCACAUGCAGCUACUUCACCGGCAUGGUCCGGCCCAAGAUCCAGGUCAUCUGCCAGAAGAUGGUGUCGUUCGAGAGCGUCAUCGGCGCGCUCCAGAACAAGUUCGACGCGGUGUUCGACUACGUGCUCAACAUCGAGUACUCGGAACUCCACGACCUGGACACGAGGCGGUUCAACGAGCUGGGCUUCCCGAUAGUCGACCUCAAGCUCACCAAAAACAACCUCAGCACGCUACCGGACGAGGCUUUCAUCGGUAUGAACAGGAUACGGAUCCUUUACUUGUCGGACAACAGGCUCCGUGCGGUGCCCACUCAGAUAUUCAAGCACAUGCCCAGUAUUGAGGUGUUGGACUUGGCCAGGAACUCCAUACACAGCGUUGCGUCCGGAGACUUCCUAAGUCUAUCGUUGAUGAACACGUUCGUGAUGGCCACGAACAAUUUGACCGAUAUAACGAACGGAUCGUUCCCCACGACGUUGAGAAAAGUCCAAUUGGCCGCCAACAACCUAACGGAAUUAAAUGGAAAUUUGAGAAACCAAAAAGAACUGGAAUGGCUGUACUUAUCUAACAACCGGAUAAAAAAUCUCGACGGAGAACUGCCAAUCGACAACGACAGACUCAUAGUCUUGGACGUGUCCAAGAACAGGUUAACUCAUUUGCCACCAGAACUCAACUGUCUCAAGGCACUGAGGUAUUUUUACUGCUCAUUUAAUCAGUUGACCGGUCUGAACAAAACGCUGUCCAAGUCGAAAAAAUUGGUUUGGCUUGAGCUCACCGGCAACAAGAUACAAGAGUUGGCGUCAGAUGAAUUCGAAGAAGCAUCGAUGAUCGAAGUGUUAGAACUGAGCAACAACUGCAUCAAACACUUGAACAAAUCGCUGUUGCCACUCACUCAACUGUCCGAGAUCAAUUUUUCGUACAACAAACUCACCGAAUUCUCGUUGGCCGAAAUCAAGGGGUUGAAAGAACUCAAGUUGGUCGACUUGUCGCACAAUACUAUUUCCAAACUCAGUGGCCACUCUGAGAUUAUAAGUGAACCAGUGACUGGGAUCGAACACUUGAAGUUGGACCACAACGAGUUGGAGUCGCUCGGUGGGUCGUUGAUAGGAAUCAAAACACUUAUCAAACUGAAUAUCAGUCAUAACAAAUUCACCGAAAUAUCGCCGUAUGAUCUGACCGGAUUAAGUUUAAAAAUCCUAGAUGUAUCUCACAAUCUGUUGCACAUACUCCCAGACUCGUCUCAGAUUAAUCUGCAGGCUCUCGAGACGUUAGUAGCAUCGUACAACCUUUUAACUGGGUUGUCGAAAGAAUUCCAAGGAUAUCCCGUGCUUUGCCACGCCGAUCUCGAGUUUAACAACAUAAUGACCAUCCAGGAAGAGUUGGUUGAAAUGACCCAAUGCAAAUUGCACGGAGUGAACAGCACGCUGAGAAUAUACUUGGAAGGCAACCCAGUGCUGUGCGAUGACAACACGAAAAUCAUAACGAAGGCGAUGGAGUUGAAUCACAACGCGGAAGUCAGUGGUGCCUCCAAGUGCAUUCCUGUCACAAAUGACAUAAAGACAUCUAACUUGACCGCGAUCGACCAGUCCCCAAUCACCGUGAUCGUGACCUGA